AUGGACAAACAACAAUCAUCUAUCUCCAAGAAUAUUAUAUCUGAAAUCGUCAGUCUCAAAAAGAAAUUUGAGACAAGUGACAACAUAGAAACAAUUCAAGAAAUUCAAGAAAAUAUCCGAAAAAUUGAAGAAGCCAUGAAUAAAAAAAGUGAACAAACGCGAAAUGAAUUGAGAGCGCUAAGUAGAAAGUUAAAAACCCUCAAAUCCAGCGCAAAAAGACCCAAUGAUCAAAAUGAGCGUGAUUUUAAUGAUCUUAUAAUGAAACAUGAACGUGAAAAACGCAUUACCCUUGAAACGUUACAAAACGAAUUAUAUCAAUUGGAACAUACCAAUGUUGAAGAACUUGUUUUACCGAAACAGGAUGCUAUAUCACUUCAACUCCAUAUUUAUCGUUCCUUAGGCAUUCAAUUCUUUGAAGAUCAAGACACUCAUAAAUUGAAAGCAAGAGUUGAGGGGCCUGAUGGCGUUCACACAGUAUUUGUUGAUGAUAGACAUUCUCAACAUUUCAUAGCAAACUAUUUAUGGGAAUUAUCAACCG